UACUUGUUAUACUUCGGCAGCUUCUUCACGCCCGGUCCUCUCCCCGCGCCGGUAGGAACCGUCCACCGCCUUAAAGAACCCUGCUCACCAGGUCAGGGGCGCCAACCAGGUUGCGCACGCGCAGAGGCCGGAAGGGCAGCUGGACGUCGCCCAGCCAUACUUCCCAUUGCCUCCAGCUGUUGCACAGAGGUUUCACAUCACAUUUCCAGAAGGCUUCUGGAAAGAGUGAAUAUGUGUCGCAUCCAGAGAGCUGAUGGGGAUUGUGACUUGGCUGCUGUCAUCCUUCAUGUCAAGCGCAGAAGAAUCUGUGUUAGCCCGCACAACCAUACUGUUAAGCAGUGGAUGAAAGUGCAAGCAGCCAAGAAAAAUGGUAAAGGAAACGUUUGCCACAGGAAGAAACACCACAGCAAGAGGAACAGUAACAGGGCACAUCAGGGGAAACACGAAACGUAUGGCCAUAAAACUCCUUAUCAGAGAGUGUACAAAUGAAUCUACAGAGACAAUUCCUCAAGUGGACUUGGCCAUGAUUGGUUGUAAGUUUAUCAUCUGAAUUCUCCUUAUUGUAGACAACAGAACAAAACAAAAUAUUGGUUUUUAAAAAAUGAACAAUUGUGUGGUAUGCAAAUGUAGCCAAUAAUAUACACAACUGGAAGAUGAAAUGAAAAGAUAAUGCUGGCUGGGUACGGUGGUUCACAGCUGUAAUCCCAGCACUUCAGGAUGCUGAGGCAGGAGGAUCACUUGAGUCCCGGAGUUUGAGACCAGCCUGGGCAACAUAGCAAGACCUCAUUUCUACAAACAAAAAAACAUAGGCAUGGUAGUACUUGCCUAUGAUCCCAGCCACAUGGGAGGCUGAGGUGGGAGGAUCACCUGAGUCUGGGAGAGUUUGAGGUUGCAGUGAGCAGCGUGGGUGACAGAAUGAGACCCUGUCUCUAAACAUAAUAAUAAUAAUAGUGCUUAUCUUCAUAUAAUAUUUUAAGAGGAGCAUAUAGAUAUAACUUCUCCCACCUUUUUAAUUAUAGUUUUCCAAACUUACAGAGAAGUUAAAAGAAUGGUACAAUGAACAUCUAUAUAUCUUUCACCUAGAUUAAUAGUUGUUAAUAUAGUGUCACAUUUGCUUUCUCUCUCCUCUCUUUGUAUGUGUUUCUAUAUAAAAUAUUAUAACUUUUAAAAUAUACCUUGUUUGCUGAACCAUUUGAAAAUAAGUUGCAAACAUCAUGGCACUUCACCCCAGUUUCUUUUUGGUGUUAUAACUUGACAUACUCUAAAAUAAAGACAUUUUUCUACCUAAUCACAUUGUCAGUUUUAUACCUAAAAAAUUAACAAUUUCAUCUCAUAUAUUCCAUAUUCAAAUUUUCUCAACUAUUUAGAUAGCAUUUUAUGUAGUUUUUUUUCAAUCCAGUAAACAAUCAAGGUUGACAUACAUACUGCAAAUAAUUGUUAUUUUUCUUUAAUGUCUUUCAAUCUAAUAAAGUUCCUCUGCCUUUUUUUUCAAUUUUU